AUGCCUGUAAUCAUGACUUGGACAGAUAACGCCAUUAAAAACCGCUGGAACUCCGCCCUGAAGAGGAAGGUGGAGAAGGAGGGCUACCUGCAUGUCCUCCACAACGCCUCCAUCAAGUCUUCCAGCACCUCCUGCGCCUCCAGACCAGCAUCCAGCACCACCAACACCCCCACCGAGGGAGACAGUGUGAAGGGCGUGUCCCCCUCCACCAAUCACAGCGACUGCAGAUGCCACCGGAGCCCCGCCUACCGAAGCCCCGCCCAUCAUAGCCCCACCCGUUUCCCCGCCUCCUCCUCAGGUUAUUGCUCCUCUCUGCAGACAGGGUCUGCAGACCAGAUGGAGAAGAAACCAGAGACAUGGAGCUCGGAGCCGGUGAAUUCCUCUCAGAAACCAGCCAUGAUCUCCACCUGCCUGAACAGAGACGUCACCAACCAGCCAUUCACUGAUCUGAGCAGGAGCAACGUUGCAGAUAUGAAGCUGGUGAACAAUGAUGACGGCUCCAUGGACUCCUGGAACUGCAGCAGCAGCCAGAUGGGAGCUCUGACCUUCUCGCCCUCUGAGUUCUUCAACCUGUGUGCUGCUGAGGAUCUGACACUGCAGCGUCCAGCUCUCACCUCUACCCCGACCUGCUGCCUGAAACACCUGAACAGCACCAACCAGUACGACUGCUUGCACUGCAGCCUCAGCUCCCAGACUCAGUACCGGUCCAGCUCUUCUAUGGUUCUGGAUGCUGGACUGAGCAGAGCAACUCCACAGAAGCCUGGAUGGACCAAAGACGAGGUGACAACAGAAUCGGAGGAUAUCUGGCUGAUCAAUAAUCCUGAUCAGAAUAUUGAUUGUGAGGUUGAUGAUGGCGAUCUUCCUCCUCAGGACGAGAAGCUGCACAGUCUGGUGAAGGACAUCGGAACCAGGAGCUGGACUCUACUUUCUGGUCAUUUCAAGGGCCAGAGGUCCAAUGUGGACUGUCAGCGGCGCUGGCAGCAGAUAAAGAACCUAGAGCUGGUCAAAGGCCCAUGGACUCAGGAGGAGGACCAGAGGGUCCGGAAGCUGGUCCAGAGGUUCGGUUUGAGGCGCUGGUCGCUUAUCGCCAAAAACAUGCACACUCGUAACGGGAAGCAGUGCCGCGAGCGCUGGCACAACCACCUGGACCCAGCGGUGAAGAAGGGCUGCUGGACGCUGGAGGAGGACCAGAUCAUCUGUGAGACCCACCAGCAGCUGGGGAACUGCUGGGCCAACAUGUCCAAGCUGCUGCCGGGCAGGUAG